UUAAAGUUGUUCUUUUCUUCGUGUCUUGCGGGACUUGAAGAAGCAAAGAGAUUAAUCGAUUGUUUUGAUAGCUAGUUUCAUGCAUCGACUUGCAUCUAAAUCACAAUUUUUGUAUUUUAUUACAUAUUAUUGGUUGCAAACUUUACCAGAACACUUAUUUUUUGGGUUACUACUACCCACGAAUUUUUUCAUUUUUUUUUGGGUUACAAACUUCACAGAAAACAGCUUUAAUGGGUUAAAGCAUACCCAAAGUUUGAGGGUCCAAGGCCUGGCAGCCCCUCAGCCUGGGUCAUCAAACUUCAAAGCAAGGCCAAUGGAGGGGAUGGCGCAAAGUGGAAAGAACAGAAAAAGGGCGAAACGAGAAAGACUAACCCACAGAUUGGGAGAUUUUCAGAAGCUUGAUAAACUCCACUGUGUCACUCUACACAUUCAUACAAAGUUUCCCAGGUCAUAUAAGCUCCUUUUUUGUUCAUUAACUUCGCAGAUAUGCACUCUGGUUACUUCUCUUAUCAUAGAAUUCAGAGAAUCCUAGCUCGUCGUUGCCCUUUUGUCUAUAUUAGAUUUAAUGCAUAUUUAUCUUCGUUUUCAGAAAGUAAUUUCAAUCCUGGUUCUCAUCCUGUGAGUGAUUCUAAUGUCAGUUUUGUGGAAAGAGAUCAUUUUAAUGAGGGAAAUGUUGAUUUUGGUAAAUUUAGAGAGAUGGGUGUUGAAGACUCUAGGGAGUUGAGUUUGUUUGCUGACAAUAAUGGUGGGUAUCAAAGGAAUCGAAGCCUGAAAUUUGAUGGCUUUGAUGAAAUUGAAGAGGAAGAAGGAGAUAAUUGUCGUACUGAUGAUGAUUUUGUGGUAUUGAAUUCAUAUAAUGAGCAAACAGAGGAUGUAUGGAGAAUUGAGUUAGAGGAGGAUGAACUUAGGCAUCCUUUGGUGAGAGAGAUUUGUAGGUUGAUUCAAUGUAGGUCGGCUUGGAAUGCAAAGCUUGAACGUGAUAUGAGGCACUUACUAAGAAGUCUCAAACCUCGUCAAGUUUGUGCUGUUUUGCUCUCUCAGGAUGAUGAACGUGUAGCUUUGCAGUUCUUUUAUUGGGCUGAUCGGCAAUGGCGGUACCGUCACAACCCGAUUGUAUAUUAUGCAAUGCUUGAGAUCCUUAGUAAGACUAAAUUGUGUCAAGGUGCUAAACGGGUUCUUCGGCUCAUGGCACGUAGAGGGAUUGAGUGUCAGCCUGAAGCAUUUGGUUAUUUGAUGGUGUCAUAUAGUAGGGCUGGCAACUUGAGGAACGCCAUGAAGGUUUUGACUUUAAUGCAAAAGGCUGGAGUUGAGCUGAAUUUGGGAUUAUGUAAUACUGCAAUCCAUGUUUUGGUGAUGGCAAAUAAGUUGGAGAAGGCACUGAGGUUCUUCGAAAGAAUGCAAAUUGUUGGAAUUAUCCCUAAUGUUGUCACUUACAACUGUUUAAUCAAGGGAUACUGUAACGUAAAUCAAGUUGAAAAUGCAUUGCAGCUGAUUUCUGAUAUGUCAUCAAAAAACUGUUCACCGGAUAAAGUUAGUUUUUACACCAUAAUGAGUUUCUUUUGUAAAGAAAAACAAGUCAAAGAAGUGAGGGACUUAAUGGAGAAGAUGGUAAAAGAAAGUAAUCUGUUUCCAGACAUGGUUACGUAUGACACUCUUAUCCAUAUACUAUCCAAGCAUGGCCAUGCAGAUGAGGCACUUGAAUUUUUACAGGAAGCUGAAGCCAGAGGAUUUCAGAUCGAUAAGGUUGGGCAUAGUGCAAUAGUUCAUGCGUACUGUAAACAGGGAAAAAUGGACGAGGCAAAAGGUAUUGUCAGUGAAAUGUUGUCAAAGGGUUGCAAUCCUGAUGUGGUGACUUAUACAGCUGUUGUCGAUGGUUUUUGUCGUGUUGGGAAGCUGGAGCAAGCUAAAAAAAUGCUUCAGCAUAUGUACAAGCAUGGCUGCAAGCCAAACACUGUAUCAUACACAGCUUUAUUAACCGGCCUUUGUCGGAAUGGGAGUUCAUUACAGGCAAGAGAGAUGCUGACUAGUAGCGAGGAAGAGUUUUGGACCCCGAAUGCCAUCACUUAUAGCGCUGUAAUGCAUGGGCUGCGUAAGGAAGGAAAAUUAUCUGAGGCGUGUGAUGUAGUGAAGGAGAUGAUUAGCAAGGGCUUUUUCCCAAACCCGGUUGAAAUUAACUUGAUAAUUGAGUCACUAUGUCAAGAGGGGAAAAUGAAUGACGCUAAAAGGUUCUUGGAGGAAUGUUUGAAUAAAGGGUGUGCCGUUAACGUUGUAAAUUUUACUACUCUUAUUCAUGGAUAUUGUCAAAAGGAUAACUUGGAGGCUGCUUUGUCAUUGCUUGAUGAUAUGUAUCUAAGUAACAAGCAUCCUGAUGCAGUCACUUAUACAGCAAUAAUUGAUGCACUUGGAAAGAACGGUAGAAUAGAAGAAGCAACUGAUCUUACCAUGAAGAUGCUAAAAAAAGGGUUGCUUCCAACACCUGUUACAUACAGAACAGUCAUUCACAGAUAUUGCCAGAUGGGAAAGGUGGAAGAUCUGUUGAAAUUAUUGGAAAAGAUGCUUUCGAGGCAGAACUGCAAAACAGCGUAUAAUCAAGUUAUUGAAAAGCUUUGUAGUUUUGGAAGCCUUCAGGAGGCUGAUAAAUUGUUGUCUAGGGUUUUGAAAACGGCAUCCAGAAACGAUGCUAAUACCUGUAACAUGCUUCUGGAAAGUUACUUGAGCAAAGGGAUGCCUCUAUCAGCGUAUAAAGUUGCUUGUCGUAUGUUUAACAGAAAUCUGAUUCCUAAUCUUAAAUUAUCUGACAAGUUGAGUAAGAGACUCAUGUCAGAAGGAAAAUCUGCGGAGGCAGAUAACCUCAUGCUACGAUUUGUUGAGCGUGGACACCUUUCACCUCAAUGUGAAUGACAUUUUGAAGCCAUAUUCCAAAUUUUACGACACUGGAGCUUUCCCUUUGAAGUUCAAUGGCUUGAAAAUGUUGAUUCUGGACAUAACAUGAUUAAGAGAUUUGGAGAUAGAUCCUUGGAAACAAUACUAUGGAUCUGCAAUCAAUAGUUGGAUAUGGAGCGUAUUUCCUGAUACUGCAAUAACCUCUGCUACUUGAGGUGCCAUCUCACACUACAAAUUUUCUGCACUGCUGCUGCUGUGGACUUAAAUGACAUCUUCAACGUAACAGCAAAAUUCCUUCCAUGAUUGCCCACCUACAUUUGUGUAAGCAUCAUGUUUCAAAUUGAAGGAUAUUAUGAAUUGAAAUAGGCCUGCUAAUGGACAUCAGAUUGUAUGCAGAUGAGCUAACUGGUCAUGCAUCUGAAAUGACGACCGAAUUGUGAAAUCAGAGUUCAGAGCAACAAAUGAAAUGUUCCGAUCUUCAGAUGUUAACAUAUACGACUUGGUUGUUUGCAACUACUCAUUGAAAUCAUCUCUUGGGUGAAAUGAGCCUAACAAUCUAGGUGAAAAAGGAGAAAUGCAAAAGGUGGAGCCCUGUUUUAAGAAAAUGGUGAGGCUUUGGCUGGCUUCUGCUAUUGGAUUAUAUCAAAAGGGGUAUAUUCAUGUAGAAAGGCACCAUAUGGACCCUUCUACACGUCCGCUUCGUCCAUGGCAGACCUGUCAUUUCAUUUUUUGGUGUAUUAAUGAAAAUUUGUUUCCCUUGUAAAAUUUACUCUUCAGGCAUGUAGUAAUCCAGACAUCUUGUUAAUAAUUGGAAGGCUAGUUCUUUUGAAAGUCUCGUACACAGGUUGGCUCAGGGUGAAAAUCAACUUGUAGGAUGUCAUUUGUAAAGAGUAGAACUAGAUAAAGCAAUCCAACAUAACCCAUGAACACUUCUGCACUGGCUUAGCCUAGAAACUACAAUUUACAACAACAAAAUUUAUUAUUAUGAAAAAUUCUGUAACAACUGAACCGUAGACUCCUCCAAGCAGGGGAUUUCCCCUUACCUUGAAGGAACAAGGAUUACAACAAUAAGCAAAACCUCUGGCACAAUGCAUAAUGGAUUGGUACAAGUCCACAGCCUUUUCUCUCUCUUAUGUCACUUGUUUCUUGUGAUUACUCUUUGAG